AUGAGUGCCGCACUGCUAUUCCCUCAUAUUCUCGCGGCGAAUAUUGACGGACGCGUGCACAAUAUUCAGUACCGUCAAUCUCAAUUUAGACGGUUGAGAUCAACAUUAUUCCAAAACCUCAAUGAGAUUACAAAGGCACUCCUUGAAGGGUCUGAACACUCGUCGGAUGAGGUCCGCGCGGAGAUCUUUCUGACUUUCAGUGAGAUUCGUACUCAUUAUGACUCCUUGAAUGUUGAAAAAAGCCUUGAAGAGGAGUAUAGAAUAGCCCAUGGAAAGGAUCAUCGAAAAGGUAGACGCGGUGUCGGAAUAGUAUACAUUAUACCGAUUGCGCACACAAUCUUUUUCUCUUCCAUCUCCGCGAUGGUUGCCGCUCUAGCAGCUGGUAAUUGCAUCAUCUUGCAGCUUGCGGGAACUCUCCCGAUUAUUGAGCUAUUGCGGAAAAUUUUGUGUCAGGCUCUUGAUAGCGACAUAUUUGCAAUCAGCGAAGUAAUGCCCGAUGAUGCAUUCCUCAGUCAAACCCUCCUGAUAAAUCAAGAACACUCAAAGCAUGAUAGGGUUGUGGCUGUUGUGGAUCAUACGGCUGAUGUUGUUCAAGCAGCAAAUAAGCUAAUGUCUGUACGUUUUGCGUUUGGUGGAACCUCACCUUAUGCGCCUGACCUUGUCAUGGUCCACGAGGCUAUUUUGACGAGAUUUCUAGAGGCAGCCGUGCAAAUGAGUGGGAAGUCUUGUGCUGUGGACAUCAAGGCAGCUACCAACAGCUGCGUGAGCCCAAGACUUCUCAGUAAGGCAGAGAGGUCCCCCGAUGCGCAGGUAAUUGUCUCUGGAACCGGCUGGGGAAUAGUAAAAGUUGAGUGUCGGGAAUCGGAGUUGUUACAAGGGAAGUUGAAUGAGAGGGUUCUCCUCGUGCAUUCUUUUACAAGUCUCGACGACGCUAUUGAGGCUUCUCGGAGAGAUGGUUCACCCGCUGCGUCAUACAUAUUCGCAAGUCCUCAGUCCGCCAAAUACCUAGCCCACUUCACCGACGCACACCUCUCUUGGGUAAAUCACAUUCCGACUGAAAUGCUAAUGGGUCCUAUGGUGAAGGGAAAUACUUCCCUCAAUCCCAAGACAAGGUACUCGACGGCUGAGUUUGAGGUGCUGAGGUCCCAAGUUGUGAAAGAGACACAGUUAUCGUUGAAGAUAAAUCACUUGCUAAGUAAAAAGCCAACACGAGAAUCAUCAAAGAUUUGGGAAGACGCUAUCGCCCCUUUGAAGCCAACAGGGCAAGGAAAUGGGGGAAAUGUUGGACAUUUUGAGCAAGGAAUUAUCACCGGAGGAGUCGUUACUCUGACUUUAGUGGUGGGUAUGACUGGCAUCGUGGGUUACUUCAUGUUGAAUUUUGGGUUAGGUUCGAUGGCAUAG